CAGGAAGGCUAGCGGCACCCACCAUGCGAUUUCGACGCCUGACACCUGGCUACUUCCGAGUGCUACAGAUGCAGAUAGCCGGGGAGCUGAAGGCAGAGCCCCGGAGUCCGCUGGUGGGGAUCGUGGCUGCACUGCUGGCUAUCCUCGGGCUGGGCGGCUCCUGCUAUGCUGUCUGGAAGAUGGUGGGGCAGCGGCAGCCGCCACAGGCUCCAUGA